UUCUUCUUAUUAUUUUGUUUACGAAAAAUGCGAAAUGGGCAAACAGCGCCUAAAAACCCCUAGCGGCACUCACCGACAACUGCGAGUUUCACCAGAGAAAGAUGAUGGCGGAUAACAAGCCCAACAGGAAAAAUAGCUCCGACGACGGAGGGCCACAGGAGGAGGAGGACAGAGUGAAAACUAAGCCUGUCUCUUGUAGCACUGGGGGGGGAGAUGGGACUGCUGUCAAACGCACAUCUCACCAUCUUACCCCUGAAGAUGAGGACCAGUUGUCAGCAGACCAACCAGCACCUUGCAAAACCCCCAAAAUUGGCUUCAGCAUGGGCAGUAAGAUGGCGAAGAAAUCAAACCCUAUUUCUAUCAAACUAGCAGCAACGAAACCCAAAGAGACGGCACCAUCACUUCCUCCAAAAAAGCUGGUAUCUGUUUUUAAUGAAGAUGACGAUAGUGAACCAGAAGAAAUGCCUCCAGAAGCAAAGAUGAGGAUGAAGAACAUUGGGAGAGAGACACCAACAUCUGCAGGCCCUAACUCCUUCAACAAAGGCAAGCAGGGCUUCUCUGAUAAUCAGAAACUUUGGGAGAGGAAGAUGAAGUCCCAGUCUGACAAAUAGUAAAUCACUACCACAAAAUAAUGUCACCAAUGGAGAGUUUUAUACUGGUUAACAUUGUCGGAUAUCUUCGAAGGCUCAUUUUUCUCGCUGUAGCCUCGGUUUGUACAGCUCAUCAACUCUGUGGGCAUGCGAUGAAGACUACCUUCAGCCUUCUAACGUGUUUACGCUUCUAACCACAAAAGGUCUAUCCUAACUCUAAGGAGAAAUCGUCAAGCACCUCUUGUUUCUAGACAUGCGGACUGGUAAAUGUGGUAGCCAGAAAAUAAUUUUAAACUUUUUCUUCGUCUUGCUCUUUGUUGGCUGUUUGGAUGACUGAGAUAGUUGCUAUCCUCAUGCUGUCAUUGUGACUUUCUUGUUCCCUCCUUCAAAUGGUUUGGUUUGAUCCUGACAAGCACGUUGCUUGUCUGAUGUUAAUGUAAAAAUGUACAUAGUGACGACGUUUUAUUUUUUGAUCCACAAACUAGACCGUGAGUUUAAGUAUUAAAUGUAGGUGUUUUUGUUUUUCAAAUGCAUUUCUUUUUUGAAUUUAGUUUCUCACCAUUAUUGCAGAGCCUUUUGCUUUCAGCAGCUCUGUCACCUACGAGUGACAGAGCUUUUUUCUUCUGCCUCUGUCAAACUGGCAAACGUGCAGUCAAAACGUGGUUUAUUUGUCAUGCUUUCAGUCGGUCUCUCUAUUGUGAAAUAUUUAAAACUAAAAUUGCUCCCAUUCACACUUUCUUGGUUGCAUUUUAGGUACUUUUUCAUAAGUUCACUGACAAAUUUUGUGCCUAAAACUUUUUUCCCAAAAUAUACAUUUUAGAUUUUUUUGUGGAUUAACUAACAAUUGUUCAGACACCCCCAAAUAAAAUAUAUCAACACCUAC